UAUAAAAUGCAUUUUAAAAUCUUUGUCAUUGGGAUUGUUUUUCUCUUUAGCACAGGAUUUCUUUUUUCUUCUGUCUUUCAGAAAGAAAGCUGACCAAUACGCGGGGUCUGAAAGGCAAAUUGUUGUUGGAUUAUCUUUAAAUACCCACUACUUUUUGAGCAGAAUUCUAGGAGUCACUAACUGUCUGGUGUUUUUGAGCUGUGGACACUGGAUAUCAGCACAGGAAAUACGUUGGGCUUGUGGGCGUAAACACCUGCUACACAGAAACCACAUGUGUCUUUGUGUGUUAGAAAGCAAACGUCCAGCUGCUGAGCAUGGAAGAAGCGUUGGUUCAUUUUGCGCAGCGGGCGCAUGAGCGGUGACCCUGACGUGCUGGAGUACUACAAGAACGACCACUCCAAGAAGCCCAUCCGGGUCAUCGACUUGCAUUGCUGCGAGCAGGUGGACGCCGGACUGACCUUUAAGAGGAAGGAGUUCCAGGACAGCUUCGUGUUUGACAUCAAGACCUCAGACCGCACCUUCUACCUGGUGGCCGAGACUGAGGAGGAGAUGAACAAGUGGGUGCGCGCCAUUUGCCAGUUGUGCGGAUUCAACCAGUCGGACGAUAACAACCACGAUGUCCGACUUCAACAUAUGCCACGCUCUGUAGGUCCCGAGGUCUCCUGCUCGGCGGCCCCUCUGAGCGCCGUCGGUGGCAAGUUGUCUGCGCCGGUCCACUCUAGCCAACCGGUCCUCUUCACCUUCGACGUACCCGUGCGCCACUCGCACCACAGCGCCCUGUCCAACAGCGCGCCGCAGGACUACCUCCUCCUGCACCAGUGCGUGAGCAGGAAGACUGAGAGCGCACGGAGCGCCAGUUUCUCCCAAGCCAUGAGAGGCAACGUGUUCUUGGGCAGCGACUCAACCGUCCAGAAGUUGUCGCACGGCUUCUCUCACUGUCUGAAUGGGAUGGGCGCUCAGCUGCACGGCUUCUACAGUCUCCCCAAGCCCGGCAAGCACCACCUGCCGGCCGCGCCCGAUGACUCCCCCCAGGAGGGCUGCUACGUGCUUCCUCGCGGCGCCCCGUCCGACACGGACUUGGAGAACGAGGAAGUGUACACCUUCCAGACACCAUGCAACACCCUGGCCGCCGAGCGGGCUAGCGACAACUACGACCUCCCCACCCCACCCGGUUCUUUCUACCAAAUACCGCGGACGUUUGAUAAGAACCACAACGCAUUGACGCCCUCCAGUUCAGAGUCGUCCUGUGCGCCCCCACCCAGGCCGCCAAAGCCAGGCUCCGACGGACAGUGGGGGAGUCCGUACUCCCAGAACGGGGAAGCUUCGGCGGCAGUGUCGGUCAUCCCAAGAAGGAAUACGCUGCCUGCUGUGGAAAACAUCAGGCUGCACAGAGGCUCUUCCUUCGAAACAGGCAGCCAUCAGCGUCCUAUCCAUUUCAACAACUCGGGUCAGUCCGUCGAAUCAGUCAACGACGGCUUCAGCUCAUACCUUAGAACCCGAACUUCACUUACCCGCUCGGACAGCGGCAACUCUGACGACAACUACGUCCCCAUGAAUCCAGGGUCGUCGCCACUUAGCGCGGCCCAGGCGGACAGUCCCAAGAACAUGUAUAUCCCCAUGAGCCCCGGUCCGCACCACUUCGACUUCCCGGGCUUCUCGGCGACGCUACCUACCCGUAAAGGGAGCAGUGCUUCCCUUUGCCACCGGCCCGGACGUCUAAGCGACGUCACGCCCCCUCCCAUCAAUCGGAAUCUGAAGCCUAACAGGAAGUCCAAGCCAACACCUCUGGAUCUAAAGAACAAUGGCUUCAUUGACGAGCUGCCAUUCAAAAGCCCGGUCACCAUGUCCUGGACACGGCCCAUGCCCGCCAUGAAUUCCAUGUCGUCGCAGCGUUGUCGUCCCAUCUCCACGCAAAGCAUCACCAGCACUGACUCUGCAGACAGCGAGGAGAACUAUGUGGCCAUGCACAACCCAGCGUCUACCUCCCCGGCCGUGAGCAGCACCAGCAGUCCGGCCCUUCGCAAGAGUGGCAACGUGGACUACCUCGCACUGGACUUCCAGCCCGGGUCGCCAAGUGCGCACAGAAAGCCGUCGACGUCGUCUGUAACAUCUGACGAGAAAGUGGACUAUGUUCUGGUGGAUAAGGAGAAAACGCAGGCCCUGCAGAAUACCAUGCAGGAGUGGACUGAUGUGCGCCAGUCUACUGAGCCCACCAAGGGGGUCAAGUCUUGACACUGGGUACAUGUUUUUUGUAGGGGCUUGGAAUGUUUGGACCACAAAAAAGCCAUAAUUCACAGUAUCUAUGCCUGUGCUCUGCCAUAAAAGAUAGCUUUUUUUCAAUGAACCAAAUAUCAUAAAUAAAAAUACCCUGGCCCCCGCUAUAGGUGUAGGGACAGUGAAAAGAAAAAAAAAAACAGCAAGUAAUUAAAUUUUGUAAUUGAAACCGUAAAUACACCACAAACUGUGAUCCAGAAACUAUCAUUUCAAAGUCAUUUCGCAAGAUUAACUUUAAAAUUACAGUGGUACUUCAAGAUACGGAAUUAAUUCAUUCCAAAGUUGCUUUCGUAUCAUGGUUUUUUUCUUAUAAUGAAUUACGUUUUAAGCAGGAAACAGGAACUUAUGGCACUGUCAUGUCCUCUGAUUGCCUGUCUUUGUUAAUUAUUUGUCACCCUGUACUGGUGCUUAAGUGUAAUGAAUUUGUGAGGUUUCAGCUCAUUCUUUCUACAGACGUUAUCACACGACUACUCAAGCUCAUAGUAAAAUGUGCUAAAAGAUUAACUAACUUUGGCAGCCUUUGCCUUUUUGCAGUUCUUGCCAUUUCAUCUCAGUGUUUGUUCCUUGAAACACCAUUGCUUGUAAGUUAUAUUCUUUUGAUGCACAUGAGCAUUGUGUAGCAGAUUGUAGUGUGUAUAUUUCUUUUGUUUACAUUUGUGUUCAAACGUAUUUGCAUUAUCACAUUGCUGCAAGCAAGAACUAUCUAUUACAGUACGUUUCAUAAUAUAAAAGAGGAAAAGCUUAAAAAAAAAUUUCGUGUUCCGAAGCUUCCGUGUCUCGAAGUACCACUGUAAAAGCUGACUGAUGUCUCUCAUGCGAAAUCUACCGCCUGACUUUCCUUUCUUUUCAUCUUGGGCAAUAUACAGUGGGGCAAAUAGGUAUUUAGUCAACCACCAAUUGUGCAAGUUCUCCUACUUGAAAAGAUUAGAGAGGCCUGUAAUUGUCAACAUGGGUAGACCUCAACCAUGAGAGACAGAAUGUGGAAAAAAAAAAAAAAUCACAUUGUUUGAUUUUUAAAGAAUUUAUUUCCAAAUUAGAGUGGAAAAUAUUUGGUCACCUACAAACAAGCAAGAUUUCUGGCUGUCAAAGAGGUUUAACUUCUUCUAACGAGGUCUAACGAGGCUCCACUUGUUAGCUGUAUUAAUGGCACCUGUUUUAACUCAUUAUCGGUAUAAAAGACACCUGUCCACAAUCUCAGUCAGUCACACACCAAACUCCACUAUUGCCAAGACCAAAGAGCUGUCGAAGGACACCAUAGACAAAAUUGUAGACCUGCACCAGGCUGGGAAGACUGAAUCUGCAAUAGGUAAAAUGCUUGGUGUAAAGAAAUCAACUGUGGGAGCAAUUACUAGAAAAUGGAAGUCAUACAAGACCACUGAUAAUCUCCCUCGAUCUGGGGCUCCAUGCAAGAUCUCACCCCGUGGCGUCAAAAUGAUAACAAGAACGGUGAGCAAAAUCCCUGAACCACACGGGGGGUCCUAGUGAAUGACCUACAGAGAGCUGGGACCACAGUAACAAAGGCUACUAUCAGUAACACAAUGCGCCGCCAGGGACUCAAAUCCUGCUCUGCCAGACGUGUCCCCCAGCUGAACCCAGUACACGUCCAGGCCCAUCUGCGGUUCGCUAGAGAGCAUUUGGAUGAUCCAGAAGAGGACUAGGAGAAUGUGUUAUGGUCAGAUGAAACCAAAAUAGCAAUUUUUGGUAGAAACACAGGUUCUCGUGUUUGGAGGAGAAAGAAUACUGAAUUGCAUCCGAAGAACACCAUACCCACUGUGAAGCAUGGUGGUGGAAACAUGCUUUGGGGCUGUUUUUCUGCAAAGGCACCAGGACGUCUGAUCUAUGCAAAGGAAAGAAUGAAUGCGGCCAUGUAUCGAGAGAUUUUGAGUGAAAAUCUCCUUCCACCAGCAAGGGCAUUGAAGAUGAGAGGUGGCUGGGUCUUUCAGCAUGACAAUGAUCCCAAACACACAGCAAGGGCAACAAAGGAGUGGCUUCGUAAGAAGCAUUUCAAGGUCCUGGAGUGGCCUAGCCAGUCUCCAGAUCUCAACCCCAUAGAAAAUCUGUGGAAGGAGUUGAAAGUCCGUGUUGCCCAACGACAGCCCCAAAACAUCACUGCUCUAGAGGAGAUCUGCAUGGAGAAAUAAGCCAAAAUACCAGCAAAAGUGUGUGAAAAGCAUGUGAACAGUUACAGAAAACAUUUGGCCUCUGUUAUUGCCAACAAAGGGUACAUAACAAAGUAUUGAGAUGAACUUUUGGUAUUGACCAAAUACUUAUUUUCCACCAUGAUUUGCAAACAAAUUCUUUAAAAAUCAAACAAUGGGAUUUUCUGUUUUUUUUUUUUUUUCCCACAUUCUGUCUCUCAUGGUUGAGGUUUACCCACGUCGACAAUUACAGGCCUCUCUAAUAUUAUGAAGUGGGAGAACUUGCACAAUUAGUGGUUGACUAAAUACUUAUUUGCAAGCAAAUAUAUCAGGAAAAAUAUGUAAAUAAGUGCAUAGAGAACCACAACUAUCUGGGAUUUCGCUGUACAUGUUGCUCUUUUAGAACCACACGACAGGACCUGAAAACGUUGCCAUUUUACGACACUGAACUUCAGGAAGGCUCGCUCAAUUUCCAAGAAGUACAAACAUUUUAGAGGUUCGACCGUCAGCAUGUUUGUGGGGACGAGCUUACAGCCUCACUUUCUAUUUCGAGCCAAAGCCGAUCGGCGCGAGGCGAUUCGAAGAAAUGGUCUCGGGAGCCUCGCGUGCACUGACCAAUAUGGCCGCCAUAUGAGCGUUCCUUUUAAAGUCGCAGUGUCUGCUGUUUUGAAUUGCCUUACUUGCGUAGUACUGAUUUGCCUUUGACAGGUCUUUUUGCCGCCUUCUGGGACAAGUCCAAUUGUUUGCCAGUGUCCCACUUAUUUGCCUCUUCAUUAUUUUUCUACCAUUUUUACAGCUUUCUGUAUUUUUUCAGUACUUAUUUUUUUACUCCAAAGCAAGCAGAUUCUACAAAGGAGUAUUCAGGCCACGAUCUGAAGAAGAAAAACAAAGCACUAUGAGAUUAAAGUCAUCAUUUUACGACAAAGAUGUUGAAUAUUUUGAGAAAAAUGUUCAUCUGACUUGACUUUAUUCUUAAAAUACGACGUACUCGACUUACACGAUUUCGACUUUACAACGCCGGAGUCCCCUCCGCCAUAUUGUCUCUCAGUCGUUUUUUUUUUUUUUUUCCGUCACGUAAA